AUGAAGCCUCCCGGAGGGCACGACUAUGAUGUGUUGGAGGGCAACACGAGGUACAAGAAGAUCCGUGAUCUGAACCAGGGGACCUUCGGCUUCGUCCAGCUGGCAUGGGACACAAAGACGACACCCCACCAGCAAGUGGCGGUCAAGUUCAUGGAGCGCGGAGACAAGGUCACGAAGUACGUCGAGCGGGAGAUCAUCAACCACCGGAUGCUCCUGCACCCCCACAUCAUCCAGUUUAAGGAGGUGUUUCUGACGUCCCGCUACCUGUGCAUCGUGAUGGAGUAUGCAUCUGGUGGUGACAUGUUUGAGUACGUCGUGAAGAAAAAUGGCCUGAAGGAAGAUGAAGCCCGCUGGUUCUUCCAGCAGCUCAUUGUGUCCAUCGACUAUUGCCACAGGAUGGGUGUUGCCAAUCGAGACAUAAAGCUUGAGAACACUCUGCUGGAUGGGAGCCUUCGGCCCUUGUUGAAGAUUUGCGACUUUGGAUACUCGAAGCAUGAGAAAUUCCAGUCUGCCCCGGGGUCCAGAGUAGGCACCCCUGCUUACCUUGCCCCCGAAGUGAUCCUCACCACCAUGGGCAAGACGUACGAUGGAAUGAUUGCUGACAUCUGGUCCUGUGGGGUCAUGCUUUUCGUCAUGCUGGUGGGAGCAUACCCGUUCGAGCGACCAGAGGACAAGCAUGACAAUCAGAAGCUGCAGAAAAUGAUCCAGCGCAUCCUGCGAGUGGAUUAUGCUUUUCCACCCCAUGUGCGCGUGUCGAGCGACUGCCAGGACUUACUGUCCAAGAUCCUUGUGCGCGAGCCCCACAGAAGGAUCACGAUUGAGGGCAUCCAGAACCACCCCUGGUAUCUGAAGAACCUGCCCCCAGGGGUUUCGGAAAUGAACAACAACCUCAUCAUGCCAAGUGAAGGACUGCAGAGCGUUGCAGAAAUCAAACGCAUUGUCCAGGACGGUGAGAAGUUGGGCACCACAGUGGCGGCCCAGUCCCAGUUCCUUGAGGACAAUGUGGAUGACUACUUGGAUGAGGUGUUGGAUGACGACCUGACCAUUUGA